AGUGAUUCUUUUGUUUCAGAGUCUGGAAAAACACGUCUGCUAAUCACUCCUCCAGAACCUCUCUCCAUUAUUAUCACACCUGGCCAUGCACGUCGUUACAUUCGUAUCUACACAUUCUUAGCUGAUCUCACCCGUGCGGUAUCGGCAUUGGAAAAGGUGGAUCUACGCGAGCCUAGAAUAGGUGUAGAGAAUCGCCGAGAGUUGUUCUAUUACUGUUCAUCAAUGCUCCGAUUGGUCGCUGGUACUCGAGAUCAUGUCUUGACUGAAGUUGAUGCCGUUUGGCAACUUUUCAAGGAGGACUCAGAGCGUGUGAAAACGAUCGAUCUUGCUAUUGACGCCCACAGAAGGGCAAUGAAAAACAUGAUGCAGCGGACGUUGUUAGACAUGAGCAAUUUGACAACUGGGCGGACUAUUGGAGUGAUAUGUGAGAGCUGCGUUCGCUUCGCGCAAGCGAUGAAUUCCGGUGACGAUGCCAGUGCUAUCAUUCAUUAUCGUACCUUCGAUGAACAUGCUCAACUACUUCGUGAGAAACUGAGUGUGGAACGGACAAAUAUGAGUGCUCGAAUGCUGUUGUGGCGAAUAGGCAAUAGCGGUUAUGUUAUUGAAGAAGACGACGUGCUGCCAAGCGAAGGCACUCAACUACCAAGCAGAAGCCUUCUGACUGAUUCGGGUUGUUAG